UUAGUGAAAUCAGUCGCACGGGAACCUCCUCUUGGUGUAGUUCGGAAAGUGUCUGCAAAGUGGAAAAGCGCGCACAAGCCCAAGAAGAAGCCCACACAUCAGCUUUUUGACACACUUUCGACCUCUUCGGCUCCGACACAGGCGAAGGGAGUGGAAUAAAGCCUGCUUGACUUCACUCUCGUGUGAUCAUCUGUGAACAAAAUGCCACCCAGUAUUUCCAAAACAACUCUGCUAGAGGAGAACUUGGGCGGAGAAGUGCGACAGAGGAGGAACGAUUGCAAUGACAAUCCAGUGGGUGUUGAUGAGAUGGAGAUCAAAGAAGAGGAAUCUUCCACAGACUACACAGAUUUUAAGCCCGAAAUAAGAUGGCCAGAUCUCAUUGUGCAGAUAUUUCUCCAUGCCGGAGCCCUCUAUGGACUCUACCUGUUCUUCUCCGUCAAACUGUAUUCAUUUAUAUGGUUCAUAGUUUUAAUAUACGGGUCAGGCUUUGGCAUAACAGCUGGAGCCCACAGGCUCUGGUCCCACAAAGCGUACAAGGCAAAGUGGCCAUUGCGACUACUUCUGGUGUUCCUCUUCACAAUUGCUGGUCAAAGGGACGCCUACACGUGGGCUCAUGAUCAUCGAGUGCACCACAAGUACUCCGAGACGGAUUCUGAUCCGCACAAUGCCAAAAGGGGCUUCUUCUUCGCACACGUGGGCUGGCUGUUUCUCACGCCGCACCCGAAAGUCGUGGAGAAGAGGAAGAUCAUCGACAUGAGUGAUCUGGAGACGGACUCCAUUGUCAUGUGGCAGAAGCGGUUCUACGUACCACUCUUUGCUCUCUUGGCCAUCGCCAUGCCAGUGUUUGUGCCUUGGUAUUACUGGGACGAGAACCUCUGGAUGUCCUUCUGGACAAUGUUCAAUUUGCGCUUCUGCACCACGCUCAAUAUUGCCUUCUUCGUGAACAGUGCCGCCCACAUGUGGGGACAGAGGCCUUAUGACAAGAGCAUAAAUCCAGCAGAGAACAUCACUGUAGCCGUUGCAGCCCUCGGCGAGGGUUGGCACAACUACCAUCACGUCUUUCCGUGGGACUACAAGACAGGUGAAUUGGGAGAUUACAAAUUCAAUCCCACCACAGGCUUCAUAGACUUCUUCGCUAAGAUCGGCUGGGCUACUGAACGUAAAUCCGUGUCGCGUGACAUGAUAAAGCGCAGAGCUGCCCGAUGUGGAGACGGUUCGCACUACCUCAGCUCGGAGGAGGCCCACAGGGAUCCCGUGUGGGGAUUCGGGGACAAGGAUAUUCCAUUGGACGACGAGGCGGAACUCCGAACAAUGCAAUAGAUUGCACAUGCCUUGCUGCCAAGCCUUUGAUGCUGCUUCAGAUCAAAUCUGAACACCACAAAACUGUACACCAAGUCUAACAUUUAUUGGAGACGAAAUUACCUCGUUUUUUGAUUGUUUAGUGAGGCAAUUGUAAAUGAAAAAAAAAAUUUCCAUUGC